AUGGAGAACACAAGAGAGACCACGCCUGGAUGUGCUGCGGAUGGGCCUCCUUCCCCUGCUGAAACGCGGGAGGAGAGCGCGUUGCUGCCGGAGGGUGUUCCAGCUCCAAGUGGUAGCCCGGAGCCUACAUCUCAGUGUGUGACCGGCAGUUCUUCCGAGAAGCCACAGAAGAAGGAGAAGGUGAGGGAUGGAGGUACCACAGGGUGUGGAGAAGGGGUCAGGAGUAACACGGAAAGGGCCAGCUGUGCCUCCGACGCUGGCCGGCCGCCAGAGACCAGACCAGAGUCCCAGUGCUCGGGCAGCAGUAAGAAACAGGCCUCGGCAGGGGAGAGAGCGAGCAUUUCCUCUGGGUUGUCUCCUGGUAAGGGAGUGCCGAAGAGUAAGCCUGCAGCUGCUUCUGCUCCACCUCGAAGCCAAGACGCAAAGACUUCACCUCUGGUCGAGAGCUCGAAGGCUGGGACGGGUAAAGACACCGGCUGGAAAGCGAACUCUUCGACUUCCAAGAAUAAAGACAAAAAGGAGAAAAAGAAGACCCCAAGGGAGAAAGGGACUGAGAAGACAAAUCAGCCCAAAGGAUCUGGGGAUGCUGGAAAGGAUGACGCUUCAGCUGGAGGAGACAACUGCAAGGACAAAAAGCAACAAUGGAACCAGCAACCUGUGGCUAAGAUUAAAGAAAAUUUUGUGGACCGAAACCGUGGCGUUACAGUGUAUUUCCAUGCAGUAUUGUCCAAACACUUCAAACUAGACCCCGAGAUCCAUAAAGUGUUCAUCAGAGCUGAAGGCAUUUCUCCCUAUGCAGACUGGCAGGACAACAUCUGUGAGCUGAGCUGCACCAAGCCUCUAGGAGAACACGGAUACCUCAUUGAAGGCGCUGUAACUCUUGAAAAAGAAAACAUGGAUAAAUACAUUCCUUACAAAUAUUGGGUUUCCUGUGGAGAAGGAGAAUAUGAGUUUAUUUACAAGUGUCCGACAUUCAGUCAACAUGUGAAUCGUUGCUUGAUGAUAAGAGGCAACCAGCUCAGCGAAGGAGAAUGGCAUCAGUACGAUGAUAUUGUGUGCAAAAAGCCUUCUGUCAUGAAAAACAUUUUGUUUACAUUGAUUGGUAACAACAAAAACGUGGUGGAAGGGAAGAAAAUAGCUGCAAAUAUUAUGGUAGAAAAUAUCUUCAGCAUUAUUGGAACCUGGAGUCCUGCCAACCUGAGAAACUUCCUCUUCCAGCUGGAACAGUUCUACAUCGUUACGAUAGACCCAUGGGUACACGAGGGCUGCAGAAAGUCAUGGGUAGAGUUGAACUUUGGCGUACAGCAGGUGAAUGAGCUGCUGCUGCAGUAUCUGAGGAAAAUUGCUCUUCCUUUCCUCGCGCCAGAGGAUGCAGAAGCAUCGCAGGAGGCCAAAGUGAUAGAAAGCAAACUGGCUCUGGGGCUCACCUUUCUCAUGGUAGUUGACUGGUUCAAGCUGCCACCAUCUAAAAGCGACCUAGCUGACCUGUGUAGCCUCUUGUGCUUGGACCAGGUGUCACCACGAGCCGCGCUGGAGGCCGUUAAUCAUAUGAAAAACUCUUUUGCAGCAGUCACUAGUUUGAAUGUUCACCUGACAAAUCUGUGCCAGAGAUGCAUCGAUGACCAAGUAGACCAGUGGGUGUGGGUUCUCCCUCUUCUGCAUUUGUUUGCUGCUCCUUGGCGGCAUCACCACGUGGCGGUGGAAGAAGAUACCUGGGCAGGGCUGGAAGGGCUUCCGUUUGCUGAAGCAAGGCAGAAGCAAGAUACAGGGACCCUGCUGCAACUCAUGAAAGAAAAGAAAUACCUGCUGGAGCUUGACAGGGCUCUGGUCAAGUCCUGGAUGUGUGUGCUGCCCCUGGAAAGCCUGGCUGAGUUUAUAGAAGACUUCUCCAGGGAUUUGUUAGUUCCCCUUCAAGGUGUUUCGUACAGAUUAGAAAACGUUGACAUUUUGGGGAGCAGUUCUAAGGUAGUGGAGGGGCUUCUGAAGACGCUGCUGCGUACCUUGGACGAGAAGCAGGCCAGAGGUCUGGAAGCUCGCUCUUGGCAGUCCUGCUUGACCUGUUGCCUCAAGCUGCACAAGAGGAUCUGCAGAAACAUGAAGGAGGGGCUGUGGUUUGUGGUUCCUGCCACUUCUGUCGCGCUGAUUGUGAAGGUUGCCCAGCUUCAGCCCACGGCAGAAGUUCCAGUGGUGGAAGUGUUCAGGGAAGCUCUGUGGGACACUCGAACCUGGUUCAGAAACGCUUUAAACCAGAACCUACUGAAAGAAUAUCUGGAGCACAUGACGUUCUCUCUUUAUUGGGAACUUCAGGCCUGGAAUGAAUUUGUGAAGAUCAGCUUUCCAGAUGAACAGUUCACCAGGACCUGGAAGGAGACUUUACUUGCAGAUUUGAAGAGAAGAAUUGAGGAGGAGCCUCCAGUUAACCAAGUCUUAGCCUACUGCUGUCAGUACAACCAACUUACUCAAGUUGACUCUUCCAUUGACGGGUGUUUCCGCAGUUGUGCCACAGAGGCUGUAACUACAGCUUGCCAGACUCAGAGCAAUCUCCUGGAGAGGAUAUCUCCCUACAACAUGGGCCAAUUCAGCCAGCUCGUCUCAACGAUUAUCGUGAAGUCGUGGCCGAUCAAGUGCGGGCAGGCGGAGGAUGAUUUCAAUGAGGUUCUGCACCACGUGCUUACGUGGCCUGACAUCAAACAGAUCUUCAGCUUUAGUGGUACGUCUGUUAUGCUCCUAGAAAAACUUACAGACGAAGCAAAGAACAUAAUGGCCACAGCAGACUCUGUGUUCGUGAGCAUCACCGAUGACAUCCAGAAAGGGUGUAUCCUUGUGAAACAUCUGGAAGAGAUUGUCCAGCACGAGCAACAGUUCGUCUGUAUCUGGGAGAUAAAGCACCAGCAGCUGCCACGUCAAGAGAAAGAACUACUCCAGAGGGAACUGAAAGAAUUGCUGCAGAGGAGGCAGGAAGAAGUAACGUUCCUCAGAAAAGAGGAAAAAGCAAUAGGCACCUUUCUGAGCAUGUGUAGGAAGGUGCAGGCCUUUGUGAAAGUGGACGUAGGUGACGUGGAAUUUCAACACAUGGAAGAUCUUCGCUCAAAAGGACUAAAUACAGUUGUGACUGUGGGAAAGAGACCCAUACGGACCUUCUACAGCUUGAGCCCAGAGCUGAAGAAGUUUGCCCAGAAAAUGCACUCUUUUAAGGACAGCCUGAUCUUCCAGCAGUUCUGGGAGGAAGCGGCGCAGAAGGCGGUAGACGAGUACGAAAGUUUGGAGGAGGAGGAAGAGGAGGAUGAUGACACUGUUCCUGUGUUGGACCUGGAUGAUGUUUUCAGCAUACUAAUCUUCCCGUGUUUCGAGAGCUACGAAGUAUUGUACGAUGAUCUCAGAUCUGGAAGUCUCACACUUUCUGCGGUUGAUACAAUUUUUCAGGAAUUCGCAAACCACCCUGAAGAUAUCAAAACUGAACUGAACGCCCUGUGUAAGGUUAGACCUGGAGAGUGCAGAGAUUGGGUUGAUCUCCGAGUUCAGCAGAUCCAGCAAUACCAUGAAAUGCAUUUAACUUUUGAUGCUGUGAAGAUCAUUGCCAGUGUCAGAGAGAGUUUAAACCUCUCCGGUGACUUCAGUGUCCUGGAAAACCUGUUGAGCAUAACAGAAAAGCUCGACUCGUACAAGACACAGAAGCUGGACUCCAUCAGCCCUGAGCUUAUGCGUGCCAAGACACUGCUGCAGGGGAUCACUGUGAAGCGUCGCGGCUGUCUGGGGGAGCUGGCUCACCAGAAGGAGUUUGUCUGCUGGGUCAGAGAAGCCCUGAAAGAUAUAAAUGAGCUGAAGGUAUUUGUAGACUUGGCCUCCAUCUCUGCUGGGGAGAAUGACAUGGAUGUGGACCGUGUGGCAUGUUUCCAUGACACUGUGCAUGGCUACUCUUCCUUGCUCUACGAGCUCCAGCAAGAGUCAGGGUUUGAGGACUUCAUGCUCUGCUUGAAGAAGCUGUGGCGAGCCUUGGACAGUGAUGAAAAUCUUCCCAAGAAACUGCAUGCUUCAGCUCAGCACUUGGAGUGGCUGAAAACCGUGAAGGAGAGCCACGGGUCUGUGGAGCUGUCAUCGCUGUCGCUGGCAGCUGCCAUCAACAGCAGAGGAAUAUAUGUUCUCAGAGCACCAGCUGAUGGCCAAAAGGUUUCUUUGGACAACGUCCUGCACUUCACCCUCCCAGGGAACUCUGGGGAUAAUGAGGCAUCGUGGAAAUACUCUCUGGCAGGGCUCCGUGAGCUGCAGAACAAACUGAUGCUCAUGUCAGCAAAGGGGGAGCAAGGCUUGGAGGUGGAGAAGUUCUCUGAGAUCUUUUCCAACGUCCAAAGACUUGCACAGGCCUUCAUAGACCUUUAUUCAGCUGGGAACAUGCUCUUCCGCUCCUGGGUUGCUCAUGUGUAUUGUUCACCCAAAAGAGAAUGUGUUGUUAUAGACUUCUCUUUGGGACUGAUCCCCGUGCUAGAAGGGCGAGGGGACAUGGCAGUUCUGCUCCCAGGCCUCUGCAAGAUGAUGGAGCAUUUCCUGGAGAGUUGGAAUAGCUUCAUGUAUGAAAAACGAUUCCAGCACUUCUACCUGAACUACUACACUGCCGAGCAGCUGGUCUAUCUGUGCACGGAACUGGGGCGGGGGACGCCCAGCCAGGGUGCCCUGAUGAUGCUUUCCUUCCUCAAACACGACUGCACCAAGCAGGACGUCCUUAGAGCCUCCAGGAGCGAGGAGCCUCCCAGCUCAAGGAAGGCUAUUUCUGACUUCCAAGUGGUGCUGGAUGGGGAGAAGGACCUGCCUGCACGGCUGGAGUACAUCUGGGAGUGCUACAUGGGCGACAUGGGCUCCUUCCUUCCAAACUGCCUGGAUAUUGAUCGGCUGGGUGAGUGUCUGAAGAACCUGGCCAGCUGGGAGACGGCACGCGUCACACGAGACUUCCCACAGGAUCUUCUGUGUGUUGGGCAGCCCAACCUCAUCACGUGCCCUCGCUCCGAGGUGCUCACGUCCGCUCUGGCUAUCUACAUGAACAGCCUUGACCAGCCCCUUCCCACCUUCGAUGAAGUUCUCCUGUGCACUCCUCACACCACUGUGGAGCAAGUGGGGCUUUUCCUCAGGAGGUGCCUCAUUCCUUCCAGUGGAGGAGAGAAAAUUUACACCAUGCUGUACGCGGAGGAGCUGAGUUACGAUGUCAGCUGCAGGGCAGAGGAGCUUUUCCAGCACCUGCAGCACUACAACAGCACCUACCGCCUCGUCAUUCUGUGCAACUGCGAGAGGGAGCACAGCUACAUCCCUUCUGUCUUCAGCCAGUACAAAGUGCACAUGGUACCCCAGAGGACACUAGCUGAAAUCCAGCGGUACCUCCAGCACCACUACAGAGUCGCUGAGCCUUCGAGCUCAGCUGCUUCUGUCUUCAAGGACAAUAUGUGUGUUGGGAUCGUGUCCUCCAGAAGAGCUGGCGUGGGGAAAUCUCUGUAUGUCAAGAGGCUACACGAGAGACUGCAAGCAGAGCAGCCCGACUGCACGGGACUUCUGAAAACCAUCAGACUAAUUGAACGAGAAGUGGAUGAAGAUAAAGUACUAAAAUCUCUUCUGCCUUUUCUGAACAGAAACCAGACAAAGCCCAUGAUAUUCCAUUUUGAUAUCACCUCGUCAGUACAAAGUGGAAUUCCGGAGUUUCUAUUCAAGCUGUUGGUUUUGCAGUACCUGACAGAUAAUAACGGAAAUAUGUGGCUACGACAGGAGGGCCAUCUGUAUAUCAUUGAAAUCCUUGAGGUAUCGCCAGCACCAGAGAAAGCAACGUCAGCAAGCCAGAAGUAUAAUUUCUGUGAUGUGUUCCCUAAAGUAAUGUGCAAGUCUCCCAAGGAAGUACUAGAAAUGGAGACACUUGGGAACCAGUCUGGGGAUGUUUCGGACCCAGGAAUGGAUGAGGAGGAAUUUUGCAGCGAGGCUUUCCAGAGACCUUUCCAGUAUCUGAAAAGAUUUGACCAGGGAUGCAACCUGGACACGUUCCGUUACAAAGCGCACUCUGUGGAAGGGAACCCGGCACAGUGCCUGCAGCUGUUCCUCCUGCACUGCGGGAUCACAGACCCCUCCUGGUCAGAACUCCGAAACUUCGCUUGGUUUCUCAACGUUCAGCUGAGAGACUGUGAAGCUUCUGUGUUUUGCAACCCUGACUUUGUCCAGGACACUUUGCAAGGUUUCAAAAACUUUGUCGUUACCUUCAUGAUUUUAAUGGCCAGGGAUUUUGCAACACCUUCCCUAAACAUUUCCGAUCAAAGUUCAGGAAGGCAGCCCUCCAACCUGGAGAACGUUGCAGAAGAAGACCUUCUUCCUUUCCGCAUUCGGAAAAAGUGGGAGUCUGAGCCUCAUCCGUACUUGUUUUUCAAUGAAGACCGUGUGUCCAUGACAUUCAUCGGUUUCCACUUUCAGUGUAGCAGCGAUCGCGGUGUCGAUGCCAUUAAUCCUUUGAAUGGCAGCAUUAUCAAGAAGAAUAUCAUGACUUCCCGGCUGUACAAGGGCUUGUUACUCCAAAGAGUUCCCUUCAAUGUUCCAUUUGAUGAGUUGCCUCGUCAUCAGAAGCUGGAGAAACUUUGCAUGGUUUUGGGAAUCCCCUGGGUAACCGACCCCGAUGAGACGUACGAGCUCACAACAGACAACGUGCUAAAAAUCUUGGCCAUUGAGAUGCGGUUCAGAUGCAACAUCCCCGUUGUCAUCAUGGGAGAAACGGGCUGUGGGAAAACCAGGCUUAUACAGUUUCUGUGCAAGCUACGCAGAAGCUUCGUGGAGGUGGAGAACAUGAAGCUCGUCAAAGUGCACGGAGGUACCACCGCAGAGAUGAUUUACGCCAGGAUCAAAGAAGCAGAAGCCCUUGCCAAAACCAAUAAGGAGCAGCACGGGUUGGACACAGUCCUUUUCUUCGAUGAAGCCAACACAACAGAGGCCGUGAGCAGCAUCAAGGAGGUUCUAUGUGACCGCACGGUGGAGGGGAAGCCUUUGGCCUCUUACUCUGGCCUGCGGAUCAUAGCAGCCUGCAACCCUUACCGUAAGCACACACCGAAGGUGAUCCAGCGCUUGGAAUUAGCCGGGCUGGGCUACUCUGUCAAAGCAGAUGAGACGAAGGAUAAGCUUGGAUCGAUUCCACUGAGGCAGCUCGUGUACCGGGUCCAUGCACUUCCCCCCAGCAUGAUCCCGUUGGUGUGGGAUUUUGGGCAGCUGAACAGCUUAACGGAAAAGAUGUAUAUUCAGCAGAUCGUGCAGAGGGUUACUGAGCACGUCCCGAUGGGGCCGGCUGAAGCCGAGGUGAUCACAGAAGUGCUUUUUGCUUCCCAGCAGUACAUGAGGCAGAGGGAUGACGAGUGCAGCUUUGUCAGCCUGCGGGACGUGGAACGCUGCAUGGAAGUUUUCAAGUGGUUUGACAAGCGCAGGAAACUGCUCCUGAGGGAAUUGGAGAGGUACCUGGAAAAGAAGAGAGCUCCGAAGAGCACCGCUGAGAGAAAUGGUGUUAUCUGGGCCAUAGUGCUGGCAGUCGGGGUCUGCUAUCAUGCGUCCUUGGAAAACAAGGAGGCGUAUAGGAAUGCUAUCAGCCAGGUCCUUCCAAAACCUUACGAUACCCCAAAAACUAUUUUGGAAGAAAUCUCCCUGAUGCAGGACUUGUUCCUGAGUGGUGUGCACCUCCGAGACACCAUAGCGAGAAACUUGGCCUUGAAGGAAAACGUCUUUAUGAUGGUCAUCUGCAUUGAGUUGAAAAUCCCUCUUUUUCUUGUUGGGAAGCCUGGGAGCUCCAAAUCCCUUGCGAAAACCAUUGUGGCCGAUGCUAUGCAGGGCCAAGCAGCUCAUUCGGAUUUGUUCAAGGACCUGAAGCAGAUCCAUCUCGUGUCUUUUCAGUGCAGCCCCCACUCCACUCCAGAGGGAAUCAUAGGCACUUUCAAGCACUGCGCUCGGUUCCAGGAAGGGAAGGACUUGGAGGAGUACGUCUCAGUGGUGGUUUUGGAUGAGAUUGGGUUGGCGGAAGACUCUCCCAAAAUGCCCUUGAAGACCUUGCAUCCGCUUUUGGAAGAUGGUUGCAUAGAUGAUGUCCCUCUUCCUCACAAAAAAGUCGGCUUCGUUGGGAUUUCCAACUGGGCUCUGGAUCCUGCUAAGAUGAAUCGAGGCAUCUUCGUCUCACGUGGUGACCCCAGCAAAGAAGAGCUCAUCGAAAGCGCGAAGGGGAUUUGUUGCUUGGCGCGGGGGGCUCUGCAGAAAAUUGAACGGUAUUUUUGUCACUUUGCAGAUGCCUAUGAAAAGAUCUGCAAGGCCCAGGACAGGGAGUUCUUUGGUCUGCGUGACUACUACAGCCUCAUAAAGAUGAUUUUUGCCUUAGCUAAGAGCUCCAAAAGUGAGCCGACACCUCAAGACAUAGCUGAGGUUGUUCUUCGUAACUUUGGUGGCAAAGAUGAUGUCAACGCCUUGGAAAUAUUCACCUCGCAGUUACCGGAAAAAGGAGAAAUACAUGCUCAUGAUAUCAGUACAAUUGAGCUGAUACGACAGAACAUUUGCAGCAGUGGUCAGGAUGGUGAUUGCAGGUACCUGCUUGUGUUGACUGAGAAUUACGCUGCGCUGCAGAUCCUCCAGCAAGCUUUCUUUACUGCCCGGCAACAGCCAGAAAUUAUCUUCGGCUCCAGUUUCCCUAAGGACCAAGAGUAUACCCAGAUAUGCAGGAAUAUCAACCGCGUGAAGGUCUGCAUGGAAACUGGCCAAAUGGUUGUGCUCCUCAACUUGCAGAACCUCUACGAAAGCCUCUACGACGCCCUCAAUCAAUACUACGUGUACCUUGCUGGUCAGAAAUACGUUGAUUUGGGACUGGGCACCCACCGGGUGAAGUGCCGAGUGCACCCCAAGUUCCGUUUGAUAGUCAUCGAGGAGAGAGACGUGGUGUAUAAGCACUUUCCCAUCCCGCUGAUCAACAGGCUGGAGAAACACUACUUGGAUAUCAGCACUGUCCUGGACAAGGGGCAAAGGGAAACUGUGAAAGAGCUGGAGAAGUGGGUGCGGGAGUUCACGGCAGCCAAUACAGAAGAGCACUUCCUAAGCGACCAGAAAUACAGCCCUUCUGACGUGUUUGUGGGCUACCACUCCAAUACCUGUGCCUCGGUGGUCCUGCAGACCACGGAGAGGCUGAAGGCACUGUGUUCUCCUCGUGAACUCGUGUCCUGCGUGAAGAAAGAAGCCCAGCUGGCACUGCUGAACUGUGCCACCCCGGACUCCGUCAUCCGCCUCUGCAACGCGGUGGGUUUGUUUAGGGCAGAUUCUCUGGCCAAUAUAUACUUCAAGCAGCAGCAACACACGUCUUUUGCCGACUUCCUCCGAGCUCACGUCCGUGCUGGGUCUGGGAACCAAACGGUCUUUACGGAGGUCACCACCUUCUCGAGGCUGCUCACGAGUGCCGACGCUGCUUGCUUGGAGAGGGAAGUGCGGGGUAAAGCCCAAAGGCCUCAAAUCCUGUUCCUGCAGCAGUUUGACACAGAGUACUCGUUCCUGAAGAGCAUCCGAGAUUUCCUCCAUGCCACAUCGGGAAAUAAAGUCCUUAUUAUUCAGACAGACUUUGAAGAUGGCUCUCAAAAUGCCCAGCUCAUCGCCUCAGCCAAGUACACUGUUGUGAAUGAAAUCAAUAAGGUGAACCUGGGAGACGCCUCCGUCUUUGUUUACUUUAUUAUGAAGCUUUCCCGGGUGGAAGGAGGAACAUCCUAUGUGGGAUUCCAGGGAGGCCUGUGGCAGUCAGUGCAUAUAGAUGACCUCCGCAGAUCCAAAGACAUGAUCUCUGAUAUGAGUGCUCUGCAGAACCUCACCAUAAGCCAGAUCUUCUGUCAGGAGUCGGGUAGAGCCAGAGCUCUGCCUGUGAAUGGUGAAGAACAGGAGGAAAACAAGGUGGAGGUUGAAACGCCAGUGCCAGCAGCAGCAGAGCACCACGAGGGUGAAAUCCUGGACACCACUGUACUCCUGAGGACCUGUGUACAAAGUGCUGUGGGGAUGCUGCGGGACCAAAAUGAAGAUCUUAGUCGAAGCAGAAGGCGAAUUAAGAUUCUCCUUGGCUUUCUGUCCAAAGAGGAUGACUUGAAAGCCUCUUUCCUGAAGAUAACUAAUGCUCGUCUCUUCAACCUUUUGAAGAAGCAAGAAGAAAAUUCCCUUCACCCAGAGAACUGGGUGCUUCGGGAGGCUUUCAACCUCUGUGCUCUCCAGGAGGCAGGCACCUUCAGGCACACCCUGUGGAAGCGAGUCCAGCACGUGAUCACACCAUUCCUGGCUCUCCUGAUUGCUGUCAUAGACAGAAACGGCAAUCUGGAGCUGCUGGUCAGGCCGGCAGCCGAGUGGGUGACAAACCUGUGGAUGUUCAUCUUCAGUGAUACAAAACUCCUGACUGUCCCUUACGGUGUGGGUAAGAGCAGCUCUCAGCCAGAGAUAAUUCUGGUGCAGAACAACAUGACGGUGUCUGCUGAUGCUGGGAACGAGAUGCCCUUCAGCUGGAGGAUAAAGGAGUACUUGGAUGAGUUGUGGUUGGAAGCUCAAUACAUCCAAAGCACUGAAGACCAAGCUGGGAAGUUUGUGGAUAUCUUCCAGAAGACUGCCCUGGGCAAGUUCAUCUCUGCUCUGAGUGAGGAAGAAAGGGAGAUGCUCCUCCAGUGCUACAUCACAGACUUUAUCGUGCUGACCAUUGGUGUGUCCUCCGGUGAGGAGUUGCAGUGCCUGCGAAUUGCUUUCCUGUCCUGCAUAGAGGAGGGGAAGGCAACAGCUCUCAGAAGAGAGGAGGCGGUGCCAUCCUUGCCUUGGGUCCACCUUGGGUAUGAUCUGUUCAAGAGCCGCCUGCAGAACUUCGCUCGGAUCCUGGCUGUGCACCCUCGUGUGGUUGACUACCUCAGUAACCAGGAAGGCUAUGGGAUGCCACGCUCAGAGAUGGUUUUGGAUGUGUUAGCAGCAGUGGUGUGUGCCGAGGAGCUGGAGAACCAAGUGCAGACAGCCCAGCCAGAGACGUGGCUGCAGAAAGUGAAGAAUCUUCGUAUGCCCAUGGAAUUCCUUUGUAAAGAGAAGGAUUUACAGAGGAGUGGGAGCCUGUGCCAUCACCUGCUAAAAGAACUCGAGGUCUGCUGGAACCGGGUCUUCUCCAUGUCUCUGUUUGUAGAACACGUGCUGGUUGGCAUCGACACUCUGAUGCCAGAAUUUGAGGAUACAGUGAGAAAAUACACUUUGCUUCUUGCCAAGUGUUUUCAGCACGGUUCAGACAUGAAGACUCACCCGACUUUCGUUGCAGUGAUGAAAGUGCUGUGCGAAUGUAAGGACGAAGUCAGCAACAGGCUCUACAGUUACGGUCUGAGCUCAUGUCCGAUCUGCCUGGGAGAGCCAAAGGAUCCGGUCUGCCUGCCUUGCUGCCAUGUGUUCUGUGAGAAGUGCAUCAGAAUGUGGCUGGUUCCAGCACAGAUGCACUGUCCGUACUGCAGAGUUGCCAUGGGAGAUGUUCAGUUAAAUGUCUCCGUGGAGCUCAGAGAUGCCAUAGCGAGAAGCGCCCAGUUCCGGCAGCGGUGCAAUAACUUCUUCAUAGACGCGGUCACUACCAUGUGCUUCAAGGACAAUGAACCCCCCGAGGCAGAGGUGAUCCAAGAGCUCCUUAAUCUGCUCUUUGUCCACAGGAGCCUCCUGACAGGUUCAGAUCACCCUGCUGUCUACACAAAAUUUCUGUCCCCGUUUAACGAGGAAGUGGAUGAAACUCCCAUUAUCCGCUCAGUCAUGCUGAAGCUCCUCUUGAAGUACAGCUUCACUGAAGUGAAAAAUGAUGUGCAACACUACCUGUCCCAGGUGGAGCACAAUGGGAUCCUAGAGAAAAACGAUAAAACGGAGCUCUACUUGCUUUUUGUGAAUUGCUUGGAGGAUUCCAUCUGUGAGAAGUCCGAGGGCAGCGUUGGAUCUGAGCAUAUCAACAAUCUGCUUAGAGACAGAGGCUUUCCAGACAACUAUCUCCCAAAGAACAAUCAAGAAACUCCUCAGGAAUCGUCGGUCGAAUACCUGCAGGCGGUAGCCAAGGUUCGCUUGUACCUGAGCAAAGCUGCGGAGCUGCUCUUUGACCUGCACGAGCGCACGGAGCAAGACCAGGUAGAGGAGAAGCAGCGUUACCUGUCAAAUGUGAGGGUGUUCUGUAGCCUGGCCAAGAAUGACUGGCAUCACGUUUACCUAGUCCGGAAAAUUGCUAGUCGGUACGGGAUGGAAUUUGCUCAGAAGCUGAUCACGGAAGCACAGUUCAACUGGGUGUUCCCAGUGGAAAUUCUGAAACAGGUCCGGAACAGCCAGUGUAAUCCCAUCGAUCGUUACCUGGCAUGCGGUGAGAACUACAGAGUCCUGCGUGAUGCUGUGGGGAAAGCCAUGAUUGAGGGCAAGACUGAGGCUCUAAUAGAGGCGGAGAAGGCAUCGAGCAGCUCCCCGGCUGUCCAGUCUGUCCAUCUGCUCCUGGCUAUUUUCAGAGAGGUCACUGCCCUGUAUGGAGUUAGUGACUCAGAUCUUCACCCCCAACAGGAGGUAAGAGACUUUGGAAGCAUUGGAACAUGUUCAUUGAUAGGGAUGAAUGAGAUUUAAAUCAUGGGUGGGAGAGCCUUUUGUUGUUCUGCCCCAAAUGCAGUGAAGUCCUGAUCAGAGCAGAGCGAGAAUCUUCUCAGAGCAGGGGCAGCACAGCAUGGGAAGCAGCUGACGGUCCUCUUUGGUGGGCAAGAUUUUUUCUUUUUCACUAUAUGCUUUCAGCAAACAGAUGCCAUGACUCAGUUCAUCCAGAACUCCCAAAUCCUGAGUUCUCCAGCCCUGCAGCGCUUCGCAGAUUGUCUUGUGAGGAACGCGCUGCCGUCUCUGACCGUGGACCCUCAAAGCUCCAGCGACAGUGCGGCGCUAAUUGAGAUGGCCGUUCAUACCGCCGCUGUCUUGCUGUGUGGGAAGAACCCCAUCCUGCGGCCCCUGAGGAAUCUGGCGUUCCAUCCGCACGCCAUGGAGCAUGCUUUUCUGCCUACGAUGCCAGAAGAUAUCAUGGCUCAGGCGAGGACCUGGGAAGGAGAGAGCAGUCUGCACUGGUACAUGUGUCCGAACGGCCACCCCUGCACUGUAGGAGAGUGUGGCCGCCCCGUGGAAAUUAGCCACUGUCUGGACUGUGGUGCCCAAGUUGGAGGGAAAUGCCAUCAAGCACUCUCUGGCUUUCGACACUUCCAGAAUACUGGAGACAGAACUCAAACUGGCCACAUACUCGGAGAUGCACAACACAGAGAAACAACGGCAGUGUCUGAUCGGGCCAUGACCCCGGUUGUCUUCAUCCUGAUACGCUUGCUCACGCAUCUGACGAUGUUGCUGGGAGCCACAGAACAUCCUCAGUCAUUGCAAAAGAUUAUCAAGCCAGCCGUGAGCAACUCGGUGAGUUUUCUGAAGCAGCAUAUUCGGGAAGACUUGGCACAGCUGACAAAAACUUUGGGGAAGAGUGUGGAUGAGACUAUCAACAUCCUUCAUCUGGUGCUCGGCAGCCUCCUUAAGGACCCCCAUCAGCAGCCAGGCCAGUGGCCAGUUCAGUUUGAUGAUGUGCUCUCCACCAAGGAGAAGAGAAACAAAUGGGAAGAAAUUGUUGCAAACACAAUUAUUGUUCCUGAAUUGGAGGAUUUGGAUAAAAAACUUCUGAAGUUGAAUAGACAAAUACAAGCGGAUGAGAGAAUUUCUUCCAAUAUGAUAGUGAAAAUAGUGUAUGACGACCCAGCCACUUUCCUGUCCCAGCUGCCCAAGGACAGUCACAUACAUCAUUCCAAGAUGUGGAGCUGCCGGAAGAGGAUUUCGGUGGAGAACCUGGGCCACGUAGUCCAGCAAAAGAAUGCCAAGGACACUGUCCCUCUCCUUUGGAAGUUUCUGCAGAAGGAAACGGAACUGAGGCUGGUUAAGUUCUUACCAGAGGUUCUGGCUCUGCAGAGGGACUUGGUGAGGCGAUUUCAGAACACCGCCGGUGUCGAGCACUGCUCGAUCAGAGACUUCCUCAACGAGCCCCUCUCAGAUGUGAUGCGGGACCUGUUACAGAGGAGAGUGAACGUGUUUCUGUCUGUCUGGAACAAGCUGAGGCGCUCGCUGGACACCAACGGGGAAAUUAAGCUUCCUAAAGGCUACUGUGAUGCUGACCUGACCCUGGACAACAGUCUUGAGGUCCUUCUGCCACGUCGACAGGGGCUGGGCCUCUGCUCCACGGCCUUAGCCAGUUACCUCAUCAGUCUGCACAACGACUUCAUCCGCUCGGUGAACAAACACAUCAAGGAAGACGACAGGUACUUGGUCAGUCCGUCAGAGGUGGCUGAUCUGCACUUGAUCAGUUACGAGGUUGAGAGAGACCUGAUUCCCCUGAUCUUGUCCAACUGCCAGUACAGCAUGGAGAAGGGAGGGGAGACGUUGCAGGACUUUGAUCUGGAGAGGAUCCAGCAGCAAAUCAUCAGCAAGUUCCUGCAGGGGAAGCCGCUCAUCACCCUAACGGGAAUGCCUACCCUCGUGUACAGACGGGAUCGGAAUUACGAGCAGCUGUUUAAUGAUGUCAGGAAUAAGUUGGAUCAGCGUGCUCUCCCCAGUUCUGUGAUGAACAUGAUCACUGGGGAGCUACAGUCUUACAGUGAUGUCUGUGAGGCUCUGUCCAUCACUGAAACGACCCUGGGGUUCCUGGCCAUGGCUGGAGAGAAUGCUGAAAUGCUUCUGACGGACUACAUCGAGCACGUUCUGCAAAUGGGUGAUCAGACAAACCCCCACGUACUGCAGGCGCUGAGACGAUGCCACCUGAAGCACAGCACAGCCCUGUGGCAACUGCUCUCUACCUGCAAAUCUGAGCAGCUUCUGCGCCUCAAAAGGGAUCCUUUUGCAGACAUCAAUACAGCCUACAAAGCUGAGCUCAGUCCGGAGGCUGCCAAGCUCCUCAACACCUUCCUUGUCCACUCGAGGCUGGAAAUGUUCCUGCAGGAGCUUCAUGAAAUCAUCGUCCUGAAGCUGAGACGUGUCCAAGCUGUGGACGAAUUCAGACCCACCUGGAGCCUGAAGGAAUCGCUCAUUCCCUACCUUGAUGCAAAAGGCUCCGAGUUAGCUACAGAGCUGCAAGUGCUGUUCCCAGAUGAGAUUUUUCUCUGUCACGCUACAGCUACGUGGAAAGCAGCCGCUCUCUUCAAGAGGGCGUAG